AAUGUUUAGCUUGUUUGUAAGAUAUUUUAAGUAGCAAACAAUCAAAACAAAAAUAUUCAUGGAAUCAUCCUGCGGAGAACCUUCAACAUCUAAGAAACAGCACUUAAAUAAUGACUUAUCUGCCAUUAUUGAUCAGCUGAGUGAUGAAGAUGACGAAUGGUUAAAUGAAGUGUUCAACAAAAAUGGUAGUACAAACAAAGUUAAAGAUCAUAAAAUGAAUACUUAUGAAGAUUUUGAUGAGAACGCUGGAAAUUCGUGGAUAUUUCCUGUGGGAUACGAAAAGCGAGAAUAUCAGCUCAACAUUUCACGAUCGUGUCUUUUUACAAACUGUUUGGUGUGCCUUCCAACUGGAUUGGGUAAAACAUUUAUCGCAUCAGUAGUAAUUUACAACUUCUACCGCUGGUUUCCUCGUUGUAAAAUCAUAUUUAUGGCACAUUCCCGUCCUCUCGUUAGCCAGCAAAUUAAUGCCUGUUACCAAAUUGUGGGAAUACCACCAGAGGAGACAGUUGAAUUAACUGGAAAAAGUGCUAGAAAUAAAAGACUUGAGCUUUGGAAGAGCAAACGAGUUUUCUUUGCAACCCCUCAAGUCAUUCAAAAUGACAUUAAUGAUCCAGAGUUUCCUAUCAACUCGAUCAGAUUAAUUUGUGUUGACGAGGCUCACAAAGCUAAGGGAAAAUUUGCCUAUUGCGAAGUUAUCAAACGAAUACAUGCAAUUAAUCAAAAGUUUCGAGUGAUUGCACUUAGUGCGACUCCAGGAAAGGCUGAAGAUGUCAUCGAGAUUAUCAACAAUCUUUUGAUAUCAAAGAUUGAAGUACGAAGUGAAAAUUCUGUUGAUGUUAAGCAGUAUGUUUACUCAAAGGAAAUAGAUGUUGUCAAAAUUAAACUGGCAGAGUUAACAGAAAUACGUGAUGAAUAUUUAAAAAUCACAGAUCCAUAUCUUCGAAAACUCGUCGAAUACAAAGCAAUCAGUGGAAACAAUUUUAACAAAGGCUGGAUUGUAAUUCAACAGAAAAAGUUUCAAAUGCAAAACCAUCCACAAAAAAGUGAAAUAACUAAACUCUUUUCUAUAUCAGUAAGUUUGCUUUAUAGUUUGGAUCUUCUGGAACGUCAUGGACUUUUUAUAUUUCUAAAUUCAUUCAAAGACGAAGACAACGUUACGAAAAUGAAGUAUUUUGUGUCCCAAGACAAUAACUUAAAACUGUUUCUUGAAGUGUUAAAUAAAAACUUUAAAGACUCCAAUCCGCUCUCUAUGAAUAUUCAUUCAUUGCCUAAUGGAGAAAUUCCACCAAUUUACAAGGACUUAAAUUUCGGACAUCCAAAGUUUGAUAUACUCAAGAGUAAACUAAACGACUAUUUUGCUAAUGGUGGAUCGAAGAGCAUUGUAUUCUGUGAAUACAGAGAAACAGUGAAUAUGAUUUAUGUGAUGCUUUUGCAAAUGCGUCCAACAGUACAGCCACGAAUGUUGAUAGGACAAGGUGGAGCAGUUUCGCAAAAAGAUCAAUUGCAAGUGAUGAAAGAGUUUCGAUCAAAUAAAGUGAAUGUUCUUGUAACAACAAGUGUAUGUGAAGAGGGAAUUGACGUUGGUGAAGUUGACUUAGUGAUUUGUUUCGAUAUAAGCUCCAAGAAUCCUACGAGAUUUGUUCAAAGAAUCGGUCGAACGGGACGAAAGCGCAAUGGAAAAGUCAUAAUCUUAGCAUCUGAAGGCAGAGAAGAAGACGUCAUAAAAGAAGUAAUUGGAUCAAAAGAUAAACUCAACAAAAGUAUUCAUUCUAACAAAGAAAUCAGUAAAAAUCUUUAUCGAAACUCACCUCGUCUCGUUCCUGGUAAUUUCAUGCCCAAGUGCAUCGAAACAAAAAUUAAAAUUCCUGAAAUACAAAUUGAAACUGAAUCAAAAGCAACAAAGAAAAAGUUUACAAAAUCUUCAUCAAAAGCAGCUACAGCAACGACGACUAUUGCUAAUCAUUUUAAGCCAAAGGAGAAAUCGACAAAUCCUAUGAUUACUGAGAUGGAUGCUGUAGAACAUCAAACAACAAUUUCUACAAAUGGCAGCAGCAGUGAAGAUAAAAUCGCAACAAUAAUAAACUUUGAAAAUGAAUUCGACACAAUUAAAAAAGAAUUUAGACAACAAGUGAAAUUGAUAUUGGAUGAAGCGCAUUUGAAUAAACUUGUUGUUGAGCAACUUCGAAGCAAUAGUGAGAAGCAUGUAAACAAGAUGGAAAAUAUUUUGAAACUUUUAUUAUCACAAAACAGCACAGAAUCAUCUUUGAAUUUAACAAAUUGUGAAUUAGAGAAUAUUCUUGAAUUGUCAAAUCCAUUUGAGUUUGAACUUCAUCGCAAUAGUAAAGAAGAUUUCUCAUUAUUUAAAACAUCUCAAGAAUGUCAGUAUUUGGAGAAUGAAAGUCGAUAUCGAAGUCAAUUUUCAAUUCCUGAACCUUUCAACACGCCAUUCAAAAGUUCAAGUUUUCUUCCUAUCAACAAUAUUCUUAACAACACAAUUUUUUCUUCAACACCAUUAACUGCUGAGAAAACGAAACGGAAGAAAUUUAAGAAUUCAUUUGAGAAUUCUCCUCUUCUGAAAGCAUUUCAAAGGCAAAGAGAUAUGUUCACAUUAACACCUAUUGUUAAUGAAAAGUCUUCAGUUUCAAGCAAAGGAUUGGAAAAUUCAUCAAUGUCUAGUGUCGUUCAACCUGAGACUUCUCAUAUGAGUCAAUCGAAAGGUUGGAUUAAACUAAGUGCUUUGGAGUUCUUCGGAUGUACCUCAAUUGAUGAUAUUUUUGAAGGCAUUGAUAAUGAUGAUGAUAUUGAUAAAAUAAAAGAUGACCCAGCUUCAGUUACGAUAGAACCUGAGCUAUUCGAAGACGAGAUUAUUAUAGAAUCAUCAAUUGUCGAUGAUGUUUCGAAUGAAGAAGAGACAAAAGAAAAAAGCGAAAGCAAAAAAAGUUAUGACUUUGAUCUUGAUGAAAUUUUUGCUUGUAGUAAUACAUCGUCAUUGGAUUUGGAGAAAAAUAUUGAGAUUCUGCCGAGCAGUGACAGUUCUGGAAAAACUGAAAUCUACAAUUUCAAUAAUGACGGUGACAAUAAAGAAGAAAUCAUAAAUUUGAAGUCUUCACCUGAUAAAGAAAAUGUUUUAAACGUAAAUUUCGUUACCAUCAUCAAUAGUCCAUCGCCGAAGAAAGGUUUUGAAGAAAAGCCUAAACCAAAUAUAUCCAAAUUAUUAAAUGCUUUGAAAACGUCGAAUUUUUUGUCGCCAUCGCCUUCUGAAAACUUGUGCAAGUUCAAGAACGAUAGUCCGAAAAGAAAUAGUUUAGCAGACUUUCCAACUUCACCAUUAACUUACUAUCAAAGUCAAACACAAAUUCAAAGAUGUGUAAAAAGAAAAAAAUCUGCCAAGACAAGACUUGAAUCAUUCGAUGCAAGUAAUCAUAACGAAAGUACAUUUUCUUUGCCAAUCAAAAAGAAAAUUAGCAAAAAGAAAAUGAAAAAUCAUUAUCUCGAUACGCAAGCUGCUGCUGACGGCACGGACUCUUCUGAUGAUAGCGAAAAUGAAACACUGAACGGAUUUAUUGCAAAUGAAAAUAUUGAAGACUCUUCAGACUCAGAUAAUGAGAAUGGUAUUGAUAUGCAUGCAAAAUAUCUUCAAAGCAUUAAAAGCCCUUCAACAAGGAAGUUUGGAAAGUUCAAGAUUCCGGAACUGCCAGUAAAGCCAGUUAAUUACGACAUUUAUUCUCAAGAACCUCAAGAAGAUGAUUGGGAACUUAAUUCUUUUAUUGUCGAUGACAAUGAAGAUCAUCAAGAAGCGUCAGAAGUUGAUGAACUGGAGAUUGCUGAAAUGAUGUUGAAACAAAAAAGGCGGAAAGCGAGAAAUCUUAAGAAUGGUGCAAAAAGGAGGAAAAUUAGAAAUCUUUUUUUAGACAACUCAACUCUUCGUGAACAUCAAUUGAUUGUGGAACAGACAUCUUCUGACCAAUAUGAGGACCAGGUCGCUCACUAUACCGACCGAAGUUCAAUGGCAUGGGAGAAUACUUUACAUCAACUCCAGAAUGUUGGUCGAACAAUGUUUGGAAGUCAACGAGAGAUAGUUAAAAGUUUGGAUCCUGAUGCGCCUCAUCGUGAAAAAUUGCCACUUCAUGAUCUGGAUACUGAGGAUCAAAAGCGUCUAACACGACAUGUUUUCAACGCCAUUCGCCAGGGAAAAGUUGAUGAAGCGCAAAGUCUAUGUGAACAUUGUGAACAACCAUGGCAAGCUGCUAUACUUGUAGGCUGGCGACUGUUUCAUGAUCCCAACAUGGAUUCAUCUGAAGGUCCUAAAGAUAUUAAAAUGCCAAUUGAAGGAAAUCCACAUCGUGAUUGA